CGCCCAUCAGUAUCCGGGUCCCGGAAACUGUGGGCGGCCCUUAAGGCUCACCGCCUACUCUCUCCUCUGCUUGCUCGGGAACUGAAACAGGAGAGGCUAUGGCAGCGUCUUCCACACGAGAGCGUACCGCAAGAAGAAAAGAAUGGCCCAUUCUGAAAACAAAAGACUAAUACUUGGCCUAAUGGUAGGAGCUGCUGGAAUUACUUUUGUUGUGCUUUGGUAUAGCAUGAGUCGGAAACGUAGGAAAGCCCUACAUUUGUCCACACUUCUGAACUCAGAGAGCAGUUUUGAUUUGGUAGAUUUUCAGCAUGAAACACAGAAUGAGCAAGGAACAGUGAUGCUGUUGCAAGGAAGGCAGCUUCAGAUACUUGAGAAACUUAAUGGCCUGCUGAUAAGUGUGGAUGAGCUUAAAAAGGAGGUGACAUUUCUGAAAGAAGCUGUUCCCAAAUUGGAAGAACUUGUUCGAGAUGAGCUCCAAGGGAAAACAGAUACUCGUAGGACCAGCCCUUUACACAGAGGAACAAGGAAACGGAAAGCUGAGGUAGCCCGAGGUGUGUCAGAAACCAACAGUUCUGAGGAAGCGGAAAGUGAAGGCAGCUAUGCUACCGCUCACACGGAUACUGAAGGAGAAUCCGAGGAAGAAAAAGGAUGGAACAGUUCGACUGCAUCUACUCUGACACCAGAAGAUAAAAUAGAAUUGUUUAAUCUUCUACAGCAGGUGGACACAUUGCACUGUGGUUCCGACAAUGAGAAAAGAGAGAGCUUCAGACUGUUGCUUGAAAAUGAAGAAAAGUAUAAAAACUAUGCUGGUUUUCUUUGGAGACUUGCCCGAGCUUAUGGGGAUAUGUUUGAGCUAACGACAGAUGUGGAAGAAAAAAAGAACUAUGCUUCUGAAGGAAAACUUAAGGGUGAAAAUGCUGUUAAUCUUGAUUCAUCAAGUGCUGAGAGUCAUCAAUGGUAUGCAGUGAUGUGUGGCUACCUGUCUCAGUUUGAAAGUAUACAGAACAAAAUCAAGAAUGGCUAUCUCUUUAAGGAGCAUCUAGACAAAGCAAUUGAACUUAAGCCUCGAGAUCCAUUUUUAUAUUAUCUCACUGGAAGGUGGUGUUAUGAAGUAGCUCAGUUAUCUUGGAUUGAGAAGAAAGUCGCUACUGCUCUUUUUGGGACUCCGCCAACUUCAACAAUACCUGAAGCUUUGCAGAAUUUUCUUAAGGCAGAAGAAAUACACCCUGGGUAUUCUAAAUACAAUUAUGUCUAUUUGGCAAAGUGCUACAAAGAACUUGGCCAGAGGACUGAUGCCUUGAAGUACUGUGAUUCUGCACUGGCAGUUCAGUCUGUCACCAAAGAGGACAAGGAGGCUGAGAAGGAUUUAGAAGGUUUAUUUCUUUCUCUGAAUCUGUGAAAAUAAACUGCACAUUCAGUUACCAUACUUGAAUCCUACCACAGAAGAGCUCUGCAGAUCCAGGUCUCAAUUCCAGAAUUGUCUAUGUGAAUCUUGUUGAGUUCAGUGGUGUUUGUAGCCACAUUAGGCAUAAACCCAAAGAGCAAUCAUUAAUCCUGAAGCUAAUCCAAUGACAAAAAAUGGGGGCAGUGAGUUAUGCGAGAUCACAAUUCUCAGACAAGUUUAUUUCUGAGCCAGUAAUGAGUGUCUGAUACUUGUUCAUGUGCAGUGGGUGCUGUAAACAGAAUAAAGUCUGUUCUGCAUACUACCACUAACCCACUGAGUUUGUGGAGGCAUGCAAGCAAUCCAAUUCUCUUUCCGGUGCUAAUUCAGAUGAAAGGCUUGUUGGGAACUGGAGGCAACUGCAAAAAUUGUCUACCUGCUCCUAGGUUUGGUCGCAAGAAAAUGUAGCAAACUCUGGAGUUCAGAUGAAAUGUCUUAUCUUUCCUUGCCAGUGUCUACUCAUAGGGUCUUUGAAGCAGAAAACACCUGCAGACACAAUGUUCCUUUCCUUUAAAUGAACUAGUCUGGAAUAAAGAGGGUAUGAAUGAAGGCCUACAGAAAAUGAUACUAUGAAAUUUAGCACAUGGGCACCAUCCAUUUCUUUCUUUCUAAGUGCAUAAUGGCUAUUUUACUAAUUUAGAAUGAUCAGAUUGUACUGGGAACCUCCCAGCCUAAAAUCCGUUGCUGGCAAUGGAUGGCUCGGUAGUUGCUGAGUAACAGGCAUUUGUGCUGGAAAUGAUUAGUGAAGCAGAUAAACAGUGGUAACACAAUAUAAGCAAAGAUGCAAAAAACAGAACCUAUUGUGUCAAGAAACACUUGACAACUUCCAAAAAUUAAUACAUUGUAUUAUAGAAAAUAUCCAGACGGAAUACCAUUAUACAGAUUAAAGAACAAAGAACAAUCCCUUAUAAACAUUAUCAAAGGAUGACUCCGAAACAAUCUUCAUACAGUCUGUAAGGAGUACUAAGACUUAAGUGUAAAGUUCAAACGAAGUCCUUCCAUGGCGUCAGCUUCAAAGGAGAAAUUCUUUCCUUCGUGCAACCACCGGUUUGAAUUGCCUUCUGCUGCCUUUAUAGCUUCUUCAUAAGCCAACUCUAAAGCCAAAUGUGACAACACAUAUAAUAACAAAAUACCUAAUAUACAAUAAUUAAAUACAUAAAUAGACAUAGAAACUACUCCAACAUACAACCUGAAAAGGUCCUCAGACCAAUAUCUCUCCCAGCGCAUACAGGAUAAUCACAUUAAUGACAAGACUCUCCGUCCUAAAAAGACAAGUCACAGCUGGUAACAAUAAGAAACUCAAGGGGAUCUCAAUAAAUUUCUGAAAGCAUCUACCCCAGAAUUACACAAAACACAAGAGAUCAUUAUAUAAAUUAAGGCCAAAGGGUUCUAUUGUAUUUAGGCGAUGUAUCCACCUAGCCUCUUUCUGUAACAAAAUUUUUUGUAUAUCACCGCCUGUACCCUUACAGCGUUCAACCUUCUAUAUCACAAAAAAUCUCAACAAUUCUAAAUCAUGGUCUGUUUCCUUAUAGUGUUGGGAAAGAGAAACGCCAGGAAUUUGGUGAUGAACCCUAGAAAUGUGCUCCAAGACGUGAGUCUUAACAGCUCUCCGAGAGCAUCCUAUGUAAAUUUUUGAACAAACCCCACAAAUUAAGGCAUAAAUGACUCCCUUAAGAGUCACAGUUUGUAAAACCAGUUAGCUUAAUAGUAAUUCCAGUCCUUACAUCCACAUAUUCUUUCAGCUGCAAAGAAUAUUUACAAGCUUUGCAGCCCUUGCAACGAUAAUGCCCAAUAGGAAGGUGGGAUAGUCUUGGCAGAUAUUGGUCUGAGGACCUUUUCAGGUUGUAUGUUGGAGUAGUUUUUAUGUCUAUUUAUGUAUUUAAUUAUUGUAUAUUAGGUAUUUUGUUAUUAUAUGUGUUGUCACAUUUGGUUUUAGAGUUGGCUUAUGAAGAAGCUAUAAAGGCAGCAGAAGGCAAUUCAAACUGGUGGUUGCGUGAAGGAAAGAAUUUUUCCUUUGAAGCUGACGCCAUGGAAGGACUCCGUUUGAACUUUACACUUGAGUCUUAGUACUCCUUACAGACUGUAUGAAGAUUGUUUCGGAGUCAUCCUUUGAUAAUGUUUAUAUGGGAUUGUUCUUUAAUGUCUGUAUAAUGGUAUUCGGUCUGGAUAUUUUCUAUAAUACAAUGUAUUACUUUUUGGAAGUUGUCAAUUGUUUCUUGACACAAUAGGUUCUGUUUUUUGGAAAUGAUUAGUGAGCUAAUCUCAAAUCCUGUACAGAAUAUAGUUCUGUUUGCACAGACAUGGAAGAAAAUAUGUUAUCACUAUUCCUUUGCUUUUUCAUUUAGGGGAAAUUGCUCUUGCAAAGAUUAUUCCUAUUUUAGUCUCUGGAUUUUAAAAAGGAAUAUGAACACUUUAUAAAUAAAGUUUUUAAAUUUUAAUCUUCUGCUUGAAAUAUCUGAAACCAAAAACAUUAAAUGAGAUUAAUGUA